GCGGGGGGGGGGUGGAUGAAAAAAGUUUGCGAGUCUCUUUGUCGCAUUCUUCCUCAACAUGAAGAAGCAUUGAGUGAAAAAAAAUCACGUUAUCUAACCUAUCCAACGUUAGACCACCUUCUCUACUCCUUAAUGAUCCGAAACAGGAAUGGCAAGAAGUAUGUCUUCCAGAGGAAAAAUGUGUUCGGUCAGAGCUAUGCACGCGCAUGCGCGCAACAGUGAAAUAUAACGUAGAAUUUGUUGACGCUAGAGUAUAAAAUACCGACGACGUAGAUGCUGUUAAAAGCAAAGAAAAUUAAAGGCAGAAACAGUGGUGGGGAGGUAGAAGGUAAAGAGAAAGAGAGUCAGAGGGACGGAAAGACGCACCCAAUAAGAGAUAAAGGGAAUAAAACUUCUACAUUUUCCUGACCCUAGGUAGAAGGUAGAGAGGGGAAACGUUGAGAAAGUGAAAGAAGCAUUUUUCCCAGUUUUCAUUGAGUGACAGCCUUCAAAACGCGACGCAUCGUCGUAAAAUUUGCUCUCGUUAUUUGACCGAAGACGUUCACACAAUUCACACUCAUGGAGCGAAGAAGGUCUAUUAAACGCAAAGCAGAUAUGCCUUUGGAAAGUGUCAGCGAAGACACAAGUAGAUCGGAGAUGAGCUCCCCCGAGGUGCCCUCCGCCUUGCAUGAUUUGCAGGAUGCGCCACAUAGCAGCAGCAGCAGUCAGGCCGCAAAUACCGCGAGCGGCGUCACGCGUAAACGUCGUGGCAACCUUCCGAAGCACUCGGUGAAGAUCUUAAAGCAGUGGCUCUACGAACACAGAUUCAAUGCUUACCCGAGUGAGGAGGAAAAGCUCACGCUUUGUGAGAAGGCCGGCUUGACUAUGCUGCAGGUUUGCAAUUGGUUUAUUAACGCUCGACGCCGGAUCCUGCCAGAUAUGCUGCUGAAAGAUGGCGAGGAUCCUUUUCAAUAUACUAUAUCUCGUCGCAAGAAGGCGACAAUUGGACAGCAACAGCAGGCCAACACAAGGCAUGGCCGAAACACCGCGUCUUACGAGAGCAAUACGCAGAAUCGGCGCGUCGAUCAUGAUUACGAGGAGGCGGGCAGUCUGAUAUAUCGAAGCGAGGAGGACAGCCCAAACGACUAUGAAAGCACUAGCUCUCACAGUGAGGAGGAUCGUCCCACAGCACAGUGGCCGAAUGUUAUCGUGUGCCGUUAUGCAGACAGUAAAACCACACGAGACAUCCACUUUGACGGAGACGCGAUUUCGCAUCAACAAAACUUUAAGAACGAGACUGUUACCAGUGGUGCGUACUGGAGCGCUCCGAGGGAGCACUCAUCUCGAGUAAUGCCAGACGUCCACAUCACGGUACCAAACGUCGCAGUGUCGGAUGUCGCGGUACCGAAUGACGCCAUGACGCUGGACGCCGACAUACCAGACGUCGCGAUGCCCGAAGAUCCGACCCCAACGGCCCAAGUCCCGAUCCCGAUGCCCCAAGUCCCGACGACCCCAAUACCUGAAGAACCGACCCCGAUGUCCGAAGAACCGAUCGCGAUAUUCGAGGCGGAAGAAACUCGGGUCGCCCUGCCGGAAGAUACCACGACCGAAGAACAAGACAUUCUUCGGCUGACCAACCAGCAUGCACGUGGUAACAGGGAAAUGCGAGGGAUAUAUCUGCUAGUAUAUACAGCCCUCAAGUAUGGCUCUAACCUAAACGUGAGAAAUAGAUGCGAGAAUGAGCUAUCGUCGACGACGACAUCAACGACGACGACGACGACGACGACGACGAUGACGACGACGAUAGAAAACAACGAUAGAGUUGAGGGCGAAAAUGAAAAAUAAUCGCCCUUCCGACAUUCUGAACGUUCGUAAUUGUCGCCGAUGCACUCUCAUUUGCAAUACGAUACAUUUCUUUUCCUCUGCUCACAUUUUGACACGCACACAAUAUUCAAUAAGAAAGUUUGUUUUCUAAUAAUUCGUACAGGGGGGUUACUCUCUUAUCGAAAGUUGUGUGCGUUUCAAAACGUGCCAGAGGUAAAGUAUUCAAAGUGUUCGUAUUGCAAAUGAAUUUAUGUAAAUUAUUGGCCACAAUGACAACGUUCCUCUUAUUAUUGAUACGAAUGGUUCCCGUCGAGCAUGCACUUGACAAACCAUUCGUGUUCUUAAAAUAUAUAUAUUAUUAAUGAUUAAAUCUCUCGCUAUAUUUUUCAAUCUUGUUUCUUUUUUUUUCUCUUUCCUAACCGACACGAUGAAAUCGCUGUCCUCGCGACUCGAAAUCGAGAACCCAACUAUACACGACGAAACGGAGGAGACACAGGAGCUAACGAUAAACACAAAAAAGGUUACAUCAGAUACAUCGAUAACUGGGCCGCUUUAAUUGUUCGAGAAUCGACGUUUAAUAAGAUGGCCCAGACUAAAAAAAAUACCUUUACCUUUACCAUAUAUAGGAUAUGGUAGCUCUCAGAGGACGAGAGCUCAUCGGAUCUUGUCGCGACAUACGAAAGUGACAUAUCUGUUUUUAUCGAUUCUCAUCUCGAGAGAUUGUAAGAGUUGUUUUACGUUUAUAGAUGCCGCGAAUUUAUAAUAAGGUGGUUGAAAAAAAAUGUGUGUGUGAUGCACGAGCGGCAGAGGGGAGGGCGGUGAGAUGCAAAAGGAAUAACACGGGUGUGACGAAACUGUGCCAUGCUCGCCGUUUCGCGGCUUCUCUCCUCACCUCUCGUAACGACCGUUACAAA